UGCCGUUGCGACGGAUGUGAAUAUGUCCGAAACUGAAUGCGUUCACAUAUGAGUUGGCCAUUAUAAGGCUUUCUUUUUUGACGAAACUGCGGUUGGUCACCUGCGUCUCACCGGAAAAAAACAUCAUGGACAGUGGGGGAAGAAAAGUGGUCGUUUGUGACAAUGGCACUGGGUUUGUCAAGUGUGGUUUUGCGGGGUCCAAUUUUCCCGACCACAUCUUCCCAGCCCUAGUGGGUCGACCCAUCCUUCGGUCAGAUGCAAAAGUUGGAAAUAAAGAGAUCAAGGAUCUGAUGGUCGGGGAUGAAGCGAGUGAAUGCCGCUCCAUGUUAGAGAUCUCGUAUCCCAUGGAGAACGGGAUAGUCCGCUGCUGGGAAGACAUGCUGCACCUGUGGGACCACACCUUCGGCCCGCAGCGGCUUAACAUCGACCCUCCUGACUGUAAGGUGCUGCUGACAGAACCACCUAUGAACCCACUGAAGAACCGCCAGAAGAUUGCCGAGGUCAUGUUUGAGACCUACAAGUUCCAUGGUGUCUAUAUGGCUAUUCAGGCAGUGCUGACUCUGUAUGCUCAGGGUUUGUUAACGGGUCUGGUGAUUGAUUCGGGUGAUGGUGUGACUCAUAUUUGUCCCGUGUAUGAGGGCUUCUCUCUCCCACACCUUACUCGCCGUUUAGACAUCGCAGGACGUGACAUCACACGUUAUCUUAUCAAGCUGUUGCUUCUGAGGGGCUACGCUUUCAACCACACGGCGGACUUUGAGACCGUGCGGAUGAUGAAGGAGACGUUGUGCUUUGUAGGCUACAACAUCGAUCAAGAACAGAAACUAGCCAAUGAGACCACAGUCCUGGUGGAGUCAUACACAUUACCAGAUGGGCGGAUGAUAAAGGUCGGAGGUGAAAGGUUUGGAGCACCAGAGGCCCUUUUUCAGCCUCAUCUCAUUAACGUGGAGGGUGUCGGUGUGGCUGAACUUCUAUUUAACACCAUACAAGCAGCAGAUAUUGACAUAAGGGCGGACCUUUACAAACACAUUGUUCUGUCUGGAGGCACCACCAUGUACCCGGGACUUCCAUCCCGUUUGGAGCGUGAGAUCAAGCAGCUUUACCUAGAGAGGGUUCUGAAGGGGGACACAGAGAAACUCUCUAAAUUUAAAAUGCGCAUUGAAGACCCUCCACAGCGUAAACACAUGGUGUUCAUGGGUGGUGCUGUGCUGGCCAACAUCAUGAAAGAUAAGGAGAGUUUCUGGGUGUCACGCGCAGAGUAUGAGGAGAAGGGCCUGAAAGUGCUGGACAAACUGGGAGUUGCAUUACGAUGAGGGAAUCGGCAGGAAUCUUUCCAUAUGCAUGUCCCAUUCAUGUUUAGUAUUAAUACAUAGUAAUUUUAAUUACAACCCCUAAAAUGGACCUUUGGACAGUUUUAGAUCAUUCAUAUAAUUUUAAGACAUAAUCCAGCCCGUAUAUGAACUUUUUAUUUUCUAAGGGUUUAACAGGGGUUUGCUACUCUUGGGCGCAUUACAUUCUCAUAAAGUUGGCAAAAACACUGACAUACACAUAUCCUAGUUAACUGUGCCAUUCCACACACUAUUGUACAAAUUGAAAUUAUUAAAGACUUUACAUUUUAGAUUUUAAAAGAUUUUAGUUUAGUGUUUUAUUAACUAGUCCUAUUGGCAAAACAGCAAAAUGAAACGGAACAGAUUAAUUAGAGAAAUUUAAUGAUUUAAUGCGAAAAAAGUUAAAUAACAUUUUAUAACACUUUUGAACAUAUUCAAGUGAUUAAUUUGAGGAUAUUAAGUAAAAAACGAAUUUUCUUAUGUACUUACGUAGGGAAAAAGCAUUUGUUACAUUGUACUUAUUGUGCGUUGUUCUAGGGUUAAGGGUUAGCGAUAAGUUGUAGAUACUUUAAAUGUAAGUACAAUGUAACAGCACAUGUUCACAAUAGGUACAUUGUAUGCAACACAUUUUAUCUUAUGCAAGUACAUAUUAGUUAAACACACCUAAACUCCAUUUAAACUGCAUUAAAUUCAUGUAAUGAAUUUCGGUAAUGAAUGAUGACUAAAAAUAUAAUCAAAAAUUCUCAC